CAACUUCCGCCUCUCCGCCAUUUUGUGAGCGCUCUCCGUUGCUACCGACAGCCGUACAAACAGAAACAGAAGGAAAGACUGUUCUGAAGCUGAAUUAACAUCAGUUUUUAUUAUUCCAACCCAUACAAGUAAGAAAAUCUUCCGUGCCUGCGUGUAUUUUCACUGGUAGCUCGUCAGUCAUGUCGGAGGAUCAGACUCUAGGCGAAGACCCGUUGAUGAUGAUGAAGAACAUGGAGGAAGAUGAUGGGGAGGCUCUGGGUGAAGAGCAGAUCACGGGAGUCUCUGGAACGGAUGACGGAGGGCAGGGAGAAACGGAAGGGUCUAAGAUAGAUGCCAGUAAAAAUGAGGAAGAUGAGGGCAAACUGUUUGUUGGAGGGUUGAGUUGGGACACAACUAAGAAAGACUUGAAAGAUUACUUCACCAAGUUUGGAGAGGUGGUCGACUGUACACUAAAAUUGGAUCCUUUGACAGGCCGAUCAAGAGGAUUUGGCUUUGUUCUGUUUAAAGAUGCAGAAAGUGUGGAAAAGGUGAUCACACAAAAGGAGCACAAACUUAAUGGAAAAGUGAUUGACCCUAAGAGGGCUAAAGCCAUGAAGUCCAAAGAGCCUGUGAAGAAGAUAUUUGUAGGAGGUCUUUCCCCAGAUACUCCAGAAGAGAAGAUUAGAGAAUACUUUGAUGCUUUUGGAGAGGUGGAGUCCAUUGAGCUGCCAAUGGAGAAUAAGACAAAUAAAAGGCGUGGUUUCUGUUUCAUAACGUUUAAAGAGGAGGAACCAGUAAAGAAAAUUAUGGAGAAAAAGUACCAUAACAUCGGUCUAAGCAAGUGUGAGAUCAAGGUGGCCAUGUCAAAGGAGCAGUACCAGCAGCAGCAGCAGUGGGGCGGAAGAGUGGGCUACUCAUCCAGAUCUCGAGGGAGAGGCGGUCCCAAUCAGAAUUGGAACCAGGGAUAUGGGAAUUACUGGAAUCAAGGUUAUGGAAAUUACGGAAACUAUGGCUACAACAAUCAAGGCUAUGGUGGAUACGGGGGCUAUGAUUACUCGGGUUACAACAACUACUACGGCUAUGGUGACUACAGCAAUCAGCAGAGCGGUUACGGCAAAUCCCCAAGGCGAGGUGGCCAUCUAAACAGUUACAAGCCAUAUUAACAUAUUUACGGCGCGAUAAAAAUUCAGCGGGGACUUCUUGCAGGCCAUGAGCUGACUUCACGAUUCUCAGGCCCGCUCAAUGCGGACAGGGUACGAGAGGCGUACGCUCUCGAAUGCUCCCAUUUGGUAUGGUCUUCCAACAUCCUGUAUACGAAUUGUAAACAAACAACAACUACAGCAACAAAAACAUAAAAAGGACACAUCAAGCUUUAACGUUUUUGUUUUUUUAUGUUCCUUUUAAAACUUAUUGCGAUUGGUUCCAUGUAGUAAUACGUUAUAAUUUACUGCCAUUUUUUACAGGCGCCUUCAAGUAAUGGUAAAAUAUGGAAAAAUACAAUUAAUUUAUUAACUGUUCACUUUUUGAAGGAUACGGCUUUCUUUGGACUUUCUCCAGUGGUAAUAUGCACUUCUAAUCUUACCUGUAAUUGCUUGCUUUUCCUUAUUUGUAGCUCGAGUAGCUGUAAUAUCCUGUAGUCCAUGAGCUAAAAGCUGGUUUGUACUUGGAUGCCGCUGCGCUGGAGAAGUGCUUUUUUUACAUUUGCAUUGUGUGAUUUUCUACUGACAGCGGUGGACAAAGCUUUACCUGUAAACAAUGUUAAUUUCAUCUAACAAAUUUUCUUUUUUUUAACCUUUUAAAAUCUUGAAAGGGACAUAUUGUCUAUGGGAACUUCGCUUGAAAUGCUUUCCUUUUUUGUUUUAAUUUCAAUCAAAUGAAAGUGUUGCAUUAAAUGUUAUGAACUCAGUUUUCAAAUUAUUAUGCUGGUUGCACAACAACGUUUUUUAGCUAAUGGACUUAUCUUGUAUUUUUUGUAUAUCCUAUUCUAGUCAUUUCUUGCCUCCGUAUUAAAAUUAUUAAGAAAUGGGAUUCCUUUACAUUUUAUAUAGUUUUGUUUUUCUAAAACAUUAUUAAUCUUUUCUUUUUUGUUUUUCAGAGUGUGAGACGCAUGAAGGCCAAGACUGAGAGGAGAAAGCAAGAUGUCAAGACAUGUUAAAAAUGGAGUUGGUCAACACAUUACUACAUUUAUUAUGCACAGUCAUGAGAAUUAGUCUUAGAUUGCCAAUUCAUUUUCCAGUUCAUUCAAAGCAGAAAUUACAUUGAAGUGUUUGAUUAUGAACCCUUUUUUUGUUGAAUUUGUUUGCAGUUUGUUGUUCCCGAGUUUGUGGUAGCUUAUCAAAUCUAAAUUAGUGAAAUGAUUCAAAGAAGCCACAUCAUUUAAAAGUUAUUUGUAUACAAAUUAUUAAUUUAUUGCUAACAUCAUGUAGGCCAUUUAACAUUUAUUUCAUAUUUCAGUAUUUUGCUACAGAGUUAUGUAAGCCAUUGAACAGUACAAUGGAUGAAAUAAAGUAUAUCAGCUUAAA